AUGGCGCAGAGAGAUCAGCUGGACCGAGAAUCCUUCUCUUGUGUGAUCUGUCUGGAUCUACUGAAGGAUCCGGUGACUAUUCCCUGUGGACACAGCUACUGUAUGAGCUGUAUUAAAGGAUUAUGGGAUGGAGAGGAUCAGAGGAGGAUCUACAGCUGCCCUCAGUGCAGAGAGGCCUUCACACCGAGGCCUGUCCUGAAGAAAAACACCAUGUUUGCAGCUUUAGUGGAGCAGCUGAAGAAGACUGGACUCCAAGCUGCUCCUGCUGAUCACUGCUAUGCUGGACCUGAAGAUGUGGCCUGUGAUGUCUGCACUGGGAGGAAGCUGAAAGCCUUCAAGUCCUGUCUGGUGUGUCUGGCCUCUUACUGUGAGAAUCACCUCCAGCCUCAUUAUGAUGCAGCUCCAUUAAAGAAACACAAGCUGGUGGAGCCCUCGGAGAAGCUCCAGCAGAACAUCUGCUCUCGUCAUGAUGAGGUGAUGAAGAUAUUCUGCCGUACAGAUAAGAAGAGUAUCUGUUAUCUGUGCACUAUGGAUGAACAUAAAGGCCACGACACAGUCCCAGCUGCAGCAGAAAGGACUGAGAGGCAGAGAGAGCUCGAGGUGAGUCGACUAAACAUCCAGCAGAGAAUCCAGGACAGAGAGAAAGAUGUGAUGCUGCUUCAACAGGAGGUGGAGGCCGUCAGUCUCUCUGCUGAUAAAGCAGUGGAGGACAGUGAGAAGAUCUUCACUCAGCUGAUCCGUCUCCUCCAGAAAAGAAGCUCUGAUGUGAAGCAGCAGAUCAGAUCCCAGCAGGAAACUGAAGUGAGUCGAGUCAAAGAGCUUCAGGAGAAGCUGCAGCAGGAGAUCACUGAGCUGAAGAGGAAAGACGCUGAACUGAAGCAGCUCUCACACACAGAGGAUCACAACCAGUUUCUACACAACUACCCCUCAGUGUCACAACUCAGUGAACCUACAGACUCAUCCAGCAUCGAUAUCCGUCCUCUGAGAUACUUUGAGGAUGUGACAGCAGCUGUGUCAGAGCUCAGAGAUAAACUACAGGACAUCCUGAGGGACGAAUGGACAAACAUCUCACUGACAGUGACUGAAGAGGACGUUUUACUGCCAGAACCAGAACCCAAGACCAGAGCUGAGUUCUUAAAAUAUUCACAUGAAAUCACUCUGGAUCCAAACACAGCAAACACACGGCUGUUAUUAUCUGAUGGGAACAGAAAAGUAAAAUGUACGAGACAACAACAGUCUUAUUCUAGUCACACAGACAGAUUCACUGAUGAGUAUCAGGUCCUGAGUAGAGAGAGUCUGACUGGACGUUGUUACUGGGAGGUGGAGUGGGAAGGGUUAGUAGUUCAUGUAGCAGUCGCAUACAAGAAUAUCAGCAGAGCAGGAGAUGAAUCUGAAUUUGGACGUAAUGACAAAUCUUGGUCUUUAUAUUGUCUCACUAACAGUUAUGGAUUUUACUUCAACAACAUUAAAACUCCCGUCUCAGGUCCUGGUUCCUCCAGAGUCGGAGUGUACCUGGAUCACAGAGCAGGUAUUCUGUCCUUCUACAGCGUUUCUGAAACCAUGACUCUCCUCCACAGAGUCCAGACCACAUUCACUCAGCCUCUCUAUGCUGGACUUCGGGUUUGGGUUGGAGACACAGCUGAGUUGUGUAAACUGAAAUAGACAGAAGUCAUUUCAGACUUCAUGUGUCAGAUGUUGUAAUUCUUCAUGUUUUUGUCUCCAUGUUUCUGAGCCGCUCAGAGAUCAGCUGACAUGCUAAUAGGGAUAUUCAACACU